CUGGUGUAGCAGAGACCGUACGAACUGACGUUCAAUAUCCUUCGUCUUGCACUUGGCCACAUGUCAUGUCCUAAUGGUACGCAUAAUACGCAUGCGCAUAAAACGAUAUGACGUCAUUAACAUUCCGAUCGGGCAUAUGCAGGGCGGCGGUAUAAAAGCAGAGAUAAUUAUCUGUGCCCGGCUUCUUUUCUUCCAACCUCUUCUCGCAGCCGCGCCCUGCCUGUCUCCCCCCUCGCGCUCCCGGAGACGCCAUCACUUCUCGUCUCCUAUGAUAUAGCUACCUACCGUCCAGCCAUCAAUAAUGUUACACGAAGCGCUAAUAAUAACGUCCCUGUCUUCUGUACCGUUACUGCUCUAUAGACUAGUCUUUGGCUGGGUUAGGAACAAGACGAGGAUUUUCUCCGCCAAUAACGACGCCCUGCCGGUAGAGCCGCCACUGGCGCAUCGCCCGGCCGCGGCCGCUGUUCGGUCUUGCGGCAAGUGGCUCUCGGCCUGUCUAGUUCUCCAUCUUCUCGUCCUUCUGGCGCUGGUGCGGGGGAUCAGCAGCGGCGGUGGGAUAUUCGCACAUGAGCUCGACAAGUGGCAGCUGGCAUUAAUGAAGAAGAUUCCUGCCAGAGCCCUGACAAGAGUGUGGGGACGGAUUUCCCUCAUUCGACUGGCACCACUGACCAGGAGACCUGUCCUAGGUUUCUUCUGCUUCAUCUUUGGCAUCAAACUCAAGGACGUGAAACAGCAGGAGUUGGGGGAAUAUUCCUCUCUGCACGAUUUCUUCACCAGAGUCAUGAGAGAGGAGACGAGACCAAUAUGUCCUGAUCACUCACUGGUCUCGCCAGCUGAUGGGAUGGUGAUUCACGUGGGUAAGGUAGAGAACGGAGAGGUGAAGCAGGUGAAGGGAGUCAACUACAAACUGUUAGAUUUCCUUGGAGACGAACCGCUACAAGAAAACAUUGGAUCUGGCUACUCGUCGGACGAAGAAGAGUGCUACGAUUGGUCAAACGGAUUUGGACUUCCCCGAAAUGAUUCCGUGACGAGUCUCUUCCAGCAGUUUCCUCACGUGAAGCCGGCCAGAGGCAACGAACUAUACCACGCAGUCGUGUACCUCGGAGUGUCAGACUACCACCACUUUCACUCGCCGGCAGACUGGAAUGUCCAGAUGAGAAGACACACUGUUGGAGAGUUGCUCUCAGUAGCUCCGUGGGUGGUGAGGCAGGUGCCCAACCUAUUCUGUCUUAGCGAGAGGGUAUUACUCGGCGGCUACUGGGAACAUGGAUUCUUCUCACUCGCUGCCGUGGGAGCUUACAACGUCGGCAGUAUUGAAAUUGACAUUGAUGAGGAGCUGGUUACUAACUCUGUUAGAGACGAGGACGAGAGGGGAGAGGCCUACCAGGGAGAGCUCUGUGACAGAGUGUUUGGAACAGAGGGAGUCGCAAUGAGAAAGGGAGACCACGUCGGACUGUUUCAUCUUGGGUCUACCGUCGUUCUCGUAUUCGAGGCUCCCAAGUCCUUUGAGUUUUCCGUCAGUGUGGGAGACAGAGUGAAGUAUGGCCAGCCUCUGGGGACAGCAGCCACCAAGAUGCACUCAGUAGAACUGUAUAGUGAAUAGCUAUAAUUAUAUUGCGCCUUUGUAAUCACUUAUCAUUCAGAAUCUACCCAUUAUAUCAUGUGAUCAGCUGAUGUGCCAUAUAUACUCAGGCCACUUUCUCCAGCGGAAAGGAAAGAAAAAAAACGGAUGUAGGUGCAGUCUUCCCUGGGGAUGUAUAUACAGGUGGCGCAGUUGGUUCAGCUUCAUUACAUCUAUGAUGCAUCAUACAUAACAUACUACAACUAUAGUACAACAGGACGCCUCAUGCAGUCUGUUCAUCUAAACUGUGAGAAGAGGGAGUAAUUAUGGUGGGGGCUGUGCCCUAGUACUGAUGGUCUUUCACAAACAGACUCUUGGCUGCAGCUCCUGCACUCUCCUCUCCCUCGUACUUCCCGAGAGCUGCCAGCCCGUUGCAGCGAGCACGGUGGAUGAAAACUUCCUGAGCUGCCUUCACAUUCUCCGGCUUUCCCCGCCAGGCUUGCAGGACGCUCGCCUGGAGAGCUCGACCGUAGGAAAAGGUGAGCCCCCACGGCUUCACGGCCUCGUACUUGUUGAUGGCGUUGAGGUGGGUGGUGGCCACUAUCUCGGAUUGUCCGCCAGAGAGGAAGGUGACGCCAGGCACGGCAACGGGGAGGUGGCGUUGGAAAGUGGUGAUUGUAGCGAGGGCCACGUCCUCGGGUGUGAAUUUCUUGGUGCAGUCCACUCCUGGGAGCACCAUGUUGGGUUUGAGCAGUGUCCCCUCGAGGAACACGUGGUGGUCACUCAGGGCUUUGUAGACGGCGGCCAGCGUGCGCUCGGAGGCCUCGAUGCAGGCCUGCAGAUCGUGGUCUCCAUCUGUAAGGAUCUCUGGCUCCACGAUGGGGCAAAGACCGUUCAUCUGGCAGAUGCUGGCGUAGCGAGCCAGGACGUUGGCGUUCUCGUUGACGGCCAGCUCCGUGGGGCGUCCGCCGCCGAUCUUGAGGACGCACCGCCACUUGGCAAAGCGGGCCCCUCCCUCGUAGUACUCCUUGCAGCGCUCGGCCAGCCCGUCCAGACCCUGCGUCGUCGUCUCGUCGUCGGUACCGAGGAGUUUCACCACUCCCUUGUCCACCUUGAUGCCCGGAACGAUCCCCCGCUCCUGCAGCACUUUCACGAACGGCGUCCCGUUGUCGGCUUUCUGGAAGAACGUCUCGUGGAAGAGAAUGACGCCGCUGAUGUACUUGGGCAUCUCCUCCUUGUCGCUAGUGAAGAGGAGCUGGCGGUAGAGGCGCCUGUUCUCCUCCACGUUCUCCACCCCGAUGGUGCUGAACCUCUUCCCGAUGGUGCCAGUGCUCUCGUCCGCGGCCAGGAUCCCUUUCCCCGGGGCCACGAUGGCCUUGGCUGUUGCCGCCAGCUCCUUCUUCUGCGCUUCCGUCAGGUAAGACAUCUUUCUUCUUUGCAAAAACAGCUGAGAGAGACCAACGACCCUGAAAGCGUGCGUUCGUACGUACUUUGCCCCGGAAACAAACCGACGCGACGCGA